AUGAGACAACUUACAGAGGAGGAAACGAAAGUGGUUUUUGAGAAGCUGGCGGGGUACAUCGGUAGGAAUAUAUCGUAUCUGGUGGACAACAAAGAGAAUCCACAUGUAUUCAGGUUGCAGAAAGACAGGGUUUAUUACGUCCCAGAGAAUGUGGCGAAGCUGGCAACCUCUGUUGCGAGGCCCAACCUGAUGUCGGUGGGGAUCUGUCUCGGGAAGUUCACCAAGACGGGGAAGUUCAGAAUGCACGUGACCUCUCUGACUGUGCUUGCCAAGUAUGCCAAGUACAAAGUGUGGAUCAAACCCAACGGUGAAAUGCCUUUCCUGUAUGGUAACCAUGUUUUGAAGGCACACGUUGGGAAAAUGUCCGAUGAUAUUCCAGAGCACGCCGGUGUCAUGGUGUUUUCGAUGCGGGACUCGCCGUUAGGGUUCGGUGUCUCAGCUAAGAGUACCUCGGAGUCUAGGAACUUGCCGCCAACGGCAAUUGUAGCAUUCAGACAGGCCGAUAUUGGGGAGUACCUAAGAGACGAGGAUACUCUGUUCACGUAG